AUGGCGCACUUGAUCACUAACUGUAGUUUCAGUACAUCUGCUGUUCAGACAUUCUCCAGUUCUCCUAAUUAUUGCCGCAGUGUUGGCCAACUACAGAACUCAAAAUGUUCAAACCUGUCCCUCAAAUCUUGUUCCAGGAGACAAAAGAAGCCAUAUGUUACUUGUGCUAGUGCAGCCGUACAAGGACAGACACAAACACCUCUUACUGGUAGCCAGCAAGCUUAUGAGCAUUCAUCCUCCAAGCCUAAAAAGGUAAUGGUUAUUGGUGGAGAUGGAUACUGUGGGUGGGCAACAGCUCUUCAUCUCUCAAACAAAGGUUAUGAGGUUGCUAUUGUUGAUAAUCUUGUUCGCCGUCUUUUUGAUCACCAACUUGGUCUUGAUUCCCUUACCCCCAUAACAUCCAUUCAAAAUCGCAUCCGUAGAUGGAAGUCUCUCACUGGUAAGACAAUUCAGCUCUUUAUUGGUGACAUAUGUGAUUUUGAAUUCCUCUCGGAAGCCUUCAAGUCUUUUGAGCCGGAUGCUGCUGUUCACUUUGGUGAGCAAAGAUCUGCACCAUACUCUAUGAUUGAUCGUUCGCGAGCAGUCUACACACAGCAUAACAAUGUCAUUGGGACACUUAAUGUCUUGUUUGCCAUGAAGGAAUACAGUGAAGAGUGCCAUCUGGUUAAGCUAGGAACUAUGGGUGAGUAUGGAACACCAAACAUUGACAUUGAAGAGGGGUUUAUCACUAUUACUCACAAUGGAAGAACAGACACCUUGCCUUAUCCAAAACAAGCGAGCUCUUUCUACCAUCUAAGCAAAGUGCAUGACUCCCACAACAUAGCAUUUACUUGCAAGGCUUGGGGUAUAAGGGCCACAGAUCUUAACCAAGGUGUAGUCUAUGGGGUCAGAACAGAUGAAACUGCAAUGCAUGAAGAGCUAUCUAACAGAUUUGACUAUGAUGGUGUCUUUGGGACAGCACUAAAUAGGUUCUGUGUUCAGGCUGCUGUAGGCCAUCCACUUACAGUUUAUGGAAAAGGUGGUCAGACCCGGGGAUAUCUGGACAUCAGAGACACUGUACAGUGCGUUGAGCUAGCAAUUGCCAACCCAGCAAAACCUGGCGAGUUCAGAGUCUUCAACCAGUUCACCGAGCAGUUCUCUGUCAAUGAGCUAGCCAAACUGGUGACAGCCGCAGGAGCGAAGCUUGGGCUAGAAGUGCAGACCAAAUCAGUGCCCAACCCACGAGUCGAGGCUGAGGAGCACUACUACAACGCCAAGCACACAAAGCUCAUUGAGCUCGGCUUGGUUCCCCACCUGCUCUCGGACUCCCUGCUCGACUCACUUCUCAACUUUGCCAUCCAAUACAAGGACCGGGUCGACACAGCACAGAUCAUGCCCAGCGUGUCGUGGAAGAAGAUGGGCGCCAAGCCGCGGACAGUCUCUGUUUAG